AUGGAUUACGAGAAGUUUCUGUUAUUUGGGGAUUCCAUUACUGAAUUUGCUUUUAAUACUAGGCCCAUUGAAGAUGGCAAAGAUCAGUAUGCUCUUGGAGCCGCAUUAGUCAACGAAUAUACGAGAAAAAUGGAUAUUCUUCAAAGAGGGUUCAAAGGGUACACUUCUAGAUGGGCGUUGAAAAUACUUCCUGAGAUUUUAAAGCAUGAAUCCAAUAUUGUCAUGGCCACAAUAUUUUUGGGUGCCAACGAUGCAUGCUCAGCAGGUCCCCAAAGUGUCCCCCUCCCCGAAUUUAUCGAUAAUAUUCGUCAAAUGGUAUCUUUGAUGAAGUCUUACCAUAUCCGUCCUAUUAUAAUAGGACCGGGGCUAGUAGAUAGAGAGAAGUGGGAAAAAGAAAAAUCUGAAGAAAUAGCUCUCGGAUACUUCCGUACCAACGAGAACUUUGCCAUUUAUUCCGAUGCCUUAGCAAAACUAGCCAAUGAGGAAAAAGUUCCCUUCGUGGCUUUGAAUAAGGCGUUUCAACAGGAAGGUGGUGAUGCUUGGCAACAACUGCUAACAGAUGGACUGCACUUUUCCGGAAAAGGGUACAAAAUUUUUCAUGACGAAUUAUUGAAGGUCAUUGAGACAUUCUACCCCCAAUAUCAUCCCAAAAACAUGCAGUACAAACUGAAAGAUUGGAGAGAUGUGCUAGAUGAUGGAUCUAACAUAAUGUCUUGA